AUGUCAGAAAGUGAAGUAUCGGACUCAGAACCAGAAUCCGAGACCUCCGAGGCGACAUCUGAAUGCAUGCAUACAACGCGAACUCCGGGACUCACCCAUCAUAAGGUCUUGAAAGAUGACAGCAGUGCCGACAGCGAGAGGGUAACCUCCUCCACAGGAUUCUUUAAGACACCGCUUGAUGGUGACUCGAAGGAUCCUCGCCAUCUUCCUCGCGUCGUCACCAAGUGUACUCUCGAGAACGCCGGGUUUCGACCUCGGGGCGAGACCGAACCCGAACCAAGCACCGAUUUAGAUGACAUCCCCAUCCGUUUACUUGAAGACUUCACGCUGUUCAAAGAACAGUCACACCAAAUGGUCCCGUUUGAAGAGAUGUUACACGACUUCAGAGUCUGCGCUUCACCUCGGUCAAGCUACUCUGCGGUCGGGAAAGUCAUGGCAUACGCAGAGGACGACUCGGAAUCAGAUAAUAUUGUUAGCGACUUUCAGUGGCAUUCACUGGAACUUUCAACUAUCAAGGAAGUAUCUAUUCACGACAGCCUGAACGAUGGAAAACUCGAUCCAAGGAUCUGGAUUCGCACAGGUCACGCUUGGUAUAUCAUCAACAACCCUUCGUCUGAGUACCAAUCAUUUUUCGUGCCAUUUAAGAUCAAGCAUAGCGUCUUUCACGUCCUAAUGACUACCUCAAAAAAUCCCGAGCUCAAGUACGAGGAGUUUAUUGCCCAGCUGAGAUCUAGCGAAGUUUCUGAACAGCUUACUGCUAUGCUCGGGCGAGAGCUCUCAAGCACGGAUGUUGAGAAGGAUGACACAGUGGCAUACCUGCUGUCAAUACUCGACGGCAUGGAUCGUUCAGAACUGCCGGUGUGUUUUGGGCAGGUCCCCGCUGUGCAACACGUCCUAGGAUCUUCCUGGUGCUCCGAGUUAGAUCUAGUCAACAACUCAAAGACCGAUCGCCAGCGAAAAUUGGGAAAGGGCCAUGUCGAGCUUGGCGUUUUCCAGAAACGCAAUACAACGACUGUAACACCUCUGGUCGGAAGCCUGGCCACAAGAAUGUUCGAGCAGGGAUUCUCAGUUCUGGGUGAGCUCGAUCGUGAGGAUUGGACACGCAAAGACAUGUAUCAGUCUCAUGCCGUUCAUCACACAAAUAUGAAUUCGGUUGAAUGGUUAGAUUCUGGGACAGAGUUCCUUGAUACUACUUACUACCAGGGCGUCGAGUUGGAUGGAAUAGAGUACAAGGCAGUCCGUGGUCCCAGUCCUCAAACUCACUUGGAAAUACGCAAUGGUGACAAGUCUUCUGUACUGUUUACAAGAAUAUGGUACUUCUAUGAGAACUCUACUGAAAAAGGGUUUCAUGGACAAUGGUUUGUCCACGGCUCGAAAACUAUCCUUCAAGAAAUCGCGCAUCCAAACUCUUUAUAUCCAACUGCAACUUGCAACGAUCUUUCCCUGGAUUCCAUCACUCAGAAAUGUCACGUCAACAACUUCCAGUUUGGAGAUUCGGAACCAGAAGUGGGCGAUGAGGAGAAUGACUUUCAUGUCAGCAUUUAUUGGGAUGAGGUUAAUUCAAGCUUCUUGGAUCUCGACAUCCCGGAUAGCUUUCACCCUUGCCGGAUAUAUGUACAUUAUGAUGACAUUAAAUCCCGCGCCUCUCGACAUGGCCGCCGUCAGUGCCACGAGGGUCGGGCCUAUGUUAUCUACAAUGACAACCCGGACGCCAAGGACGUAACAGACUGGAUUCGUGAUGAAGAUCAUUUCUAUGUCCAUCAAUUCUCCGACUCCUCUCUGGUAUCUGAAGACAGCUUGGAGACACUAUCCAAAUCCAUAUUUACCAAAACCGUCUGUGGAGAGUGUUACGACAGGCAUCUUGAUGAACUACGGUGCAAAGCUGACUAUCUCAAGCGAUCUGGCUGUCUUCAAGGGCUGGAACUGUUCUGUGGUGCAGGAGGUUUGGGAACGGGUCUCGAGAUGUCUGGUUUUGUAGACACAAAGUGGGCCGCCGAUAUCUCCCCAAGCUCUACAAAGACAUUCGGGUCAAAUCAUCCUAACGCCAUCGUAUACAAUCAAUGUACUAGCCUACUUCUACAGCAUGCGAUGGCUGUCGCAGACUGCGAUAGCCCCAAACCCCUCAAAAGUCUUGGCACCAACGAGAACCUGCCGUCGAUGCCGCAGCCCGGGGAUGUAGACUUCAUUUACGGAGGACCCCCCUGUCAGCCAUUCAGUAGAAUGAACAGCCACAAGAAAUCAGAUGACAUCCGGCCGCGGUUCUUUCUGCUGGAGAACGUCCUAGGAAUGCUAGGCCACAAGCUUGAAGAUCAGAUUAGGCGUGAACAAGACAAUCAGCUCGAAGGAUGCCACCCUAAAAAGCGCUCCAGUGAUGCCCAGGAAGAGCUUCGACCACAUGCCAAUCUCGGAGUUCGUGUGGCAUCCUGGCUUGUCUGUCCAACCGUGAGGCAUGCCCUCUCUGGUUUCUACGGAUCCAGGCCCAUAUACUGUCAAACUAUGAUAAACACCGAGCUAAUCCCUGGGCAGAUCAAAUUCGGCGUCGUCAAGUUCAUCACUCGGUGCUUACUUACACUCGGAUACCAAGUCCAUUUCAAGGUCUUGAACGCCGGCCAGUAUGGAGCACCUCAAAGUCGCCAGCGCAUUAUCUUUUGGGGUGCAAAGCAUGGCGAACUGAUGCCAGCCUUCCCUUUGCCUACACAUUCUUUGCAGAACCCUCUUCAAAAGAGCCGAUUGCCCACGGGGUCAUGGAGCUUGCCAGUAACCUGGGAUCGUAAAGGCUUAUGGCUACUCCAAGACUGUGUGUAUGAAAAAGCUGCGGGACUACACUCGUGUGCUCCCUUCGACAUGGUGACCAUCGAGGACGCCAUAGGGGAUUUGCCGCCCUUUGAUUGGGAGCAUCCUAACCCCACCGAGAACGACCGCGAGGAAUCCAAAGCUCGGCAAGAUAUUGGAAUCUUAGCCUUUCCCGCAGUAAGGACAGAAACAUGUCAGCGCGUUUGUGGUUUUGAGACACCAGCACACUAUGUCUAUCCUCCCAUGACGAGCUACCAGCAGGCGAUGAGGAGAAAGGAUGCCCCACAAGUCACUUAUCACUAUACCACCUUGCACAAGCCAACAACUGUUGAGAAGUGGGGUUGCAAUUUGUUUCAAUUUUCGAAGUUAUCUAAGAUCCAACAGAGUACUCCAGAAUUUGUCUACUUCGGAAGAUGCUCGUCCAUUCACCCAACACAAAAACGCGGUCUUUCUAUACGCGAGGUAGCUCGAGCUCAAGGAUUCCCCGACCACUAUAAACUCGAAUCAUUCGACCAAGGUCCUCAUAAGCUGGCGGUCAAUCAACUUCGUCAACUUGGAAAUGCAGUUCCAAUACCUCUGUCCCAUGCUCUAGGCAGAUCCCUUGGUGAAACACUGGUUAAGAUGUGGCAAGAGAGUCAUAAGUAUCGCCCACCAAGUCCAGAACUGUGA